GUCUGUUCUGUAUUUCAUCUGUGGUUAUAUGAAAUAUUUUAAUAACGCAUUCGCUUCUUUCAUAAGCAUUUAGUACUUAUUACUUAAGUACGUAAGCAGAUUUUUAUUGAGUGACUAUAAUCAAAAUAUUAACGCGAAAUAUUAAUUAUAUAUAAUAUAAUAACUAUAUAUAUUGAUAAAUUUUUGUUUAUAACAAAUGUCAUUAUAUAUAAAAAUGAGUGUGUAUAACAUUCGAAAAUAAGGAAAAGAUAAAUUCGAGUUAAAAGAAGUUAAAUUAAUAUAUAGUAAAUAUUAUUCGAAGAAAAGAUAUUUUAUUUGGAAUAUGGUGUUUUUGAAAUGAUUCACGAAGGCAAAUUAAUAUUAAUUAUUAUUAAUUUAAAUGUGUAAAUCAAUCAAUUGAUCAAAAAUGAUAGACAAAAAUAAUAGCUAUGUAAUUAUUUAUCUAUUCAGCUUCUAAGUAUUUGCUUAUUGUUACUUGAAAAUUAUAUAUUAUAUAUAGAGAACCGGUUUUAUUUCUGGAAAACCCAGAUCAUCUUGAGGUCAUGGAAAUCAUAUUCAUAUGAAAAAGAGAAACAACAUAAAAAGAUAUUUUCUUUAAAUGAUAUAUAAAUUUUAAAGAAAAUGUCAAUACUUUCGAAUUUAUCUCGUCGUUUUCACAUGUUAACGACCGAUGCAAAACCUGAUCCACCGCGAAUACCGAUUAAAGGAUAUACGCACAAUUUAGAAUCAAUAAACGAUGAAACAAAGAAAUCCAGUACUGCUACAGAAUCUCAAUUUACACGAAAUAAUAUAACAUCCGAAAAGAGCGAUGCAAUACCUGUCACGGGCGUUAAUUAUCCUACCAAAGAACAACAUCUGAAUGAUACAAAAAGUUCUGUACAUGAUUCAAAAGAACAUGGAAGGCCGAAUAUUAAAACGAAAAAAAAACCAAAGCAACAUAAAUCUUCAAAGGGAUCACAUGUCAUAAAUUAUAAUAUAAUUAAUUCGAGUGAUGUGAAAAUUGGUUCGAGAACCAGUUAUAUUUGUAAUAUUAAUCAAUUUUCUAAGAAUAAGGUUGAAGAAGACGUAAAAUCGAAAACCCGCCAAAUGCCAAUAGAAGUAGAACGUUUAUGUACUUGCAGUGAUGAAAUUACUUUAGAUGAUAUAUUUACUAUUAAGACUUAUAUUGGACAUGGUUGGAAAGAUGUCGCUAGAAAAUUACUAUAUUUGGAUGGUCAAAUUGAACAAUUCGAAGAAAAUUAUAAAUACAGAGGCAUAAGUGAAGUAAUCUAUCAAAUAUUUCUCGAUUGGAAACAAGCUAAUACAAAAGAUGCAGAAAUCGGUAAAUUGAUAAAUAUAUUAUGGACAUGCAAAGAAUACGAUUGUGCGGAACAAUUGGUAUCCGUUCGCAAAAAUUUGAUGUAAUGUUUCUUAAUAUGUGAUAUUGUAUAUAUGUAUUAGAUUUUUUUAAUGAUUUAUGUUUCAGUCAUGUUUAAAUUUAUUAAUUAUAAAUUAUUAUAUUUAUUAAUUAUAAAUAAAAAUUAAUCUUAUUAAUUAAAUAAAUAUUUUAGUAUCCAAUAAUUAGAAAAAAAAUAAGAUAUAUUGAUAAGAUAUAAAAUUGUAAGAAAUUAACUUUUAUUUGUGAUUUAUUUUUUUUAAUAAAUAAAUUAUUACAAAUAAUAUAAUAAUAAUUGAUAUUAAUAUCAAUAUUGAUAUCGAUAUAUCAGUAUUCAUGAGAGUACCAUUACCACCAUCGACUAAAAUAUAUUCAUAAAAUAUACAUUGUACCAUCCAUAUCUGAAUCAUUAUCGAUUCUUAUCUUAUUCAUUUGUUAUUUCUAAAUAUUUAAUUAUUGUAUACAAGAUAUAUAUAUCUUAUUUGGUAUUAUCAUAUUGGUCAAUAUUCUUUUCCGUAAUAAAAUAUUUAUCAGAUAAAAGCUGAAUAUUUACAAAAAAAAAAGCACAAUUUGGUAAUAUUUAUAUUUAUAUUAUAUAGAUAAAAGCAAUUUGAUUUUCAUAAUCAAAUUUUUUUUUUUUAAAGAACUAUAUUCUUCACAUUAAAUGUAUUAUUUUUUAUAAAAAAAUAUUGAAAUAUUUUUAGCAAAAAAUCAUUAAUUUAAAAAAUAUUUAAUUGCAUUAAAUUAUCUCUUAAAUUAAAAAUUUUUUAUU